AGCCUUUUAGUCACAGGCUCUUCCUCUUUCGGUUGAUAGGGUUCGACAACAGUAUCAAAUACUGCGGACUAUCGAAGCUAGGACGAGAAGAGGGGGAGCUUCCUAGCAGAAACCGCAUCAAUACGAUCCUGCAUCUGCUGUUGAAUUAAGAACCAUGCCGAAGAACAAGGGAAAGGGAGGAAAGAACAGGAAGAGGGGAAAGAAUGAGGCAGAUGAUGAGAAGCGUGAGCUUGUGUUUAAGGAAGACGGACAGGAGUAUGCCCAAGUGCUUCGUAUGCUUGGCAAUGGCCGUUGUGAAGCUACUUGCAUUGAUGGCACCAAGCGUCUCUGUCACAUUCGAGGAAAGAUGCACAAGAAGGUUUGGAUUGCAGCAGGUGAUAUCAUCCUUGUGGGGCUACGUGACUAUCAGGAUGACAAGGCAGAUGUGAUCCUCAAGUACAUGCCUGAUGAGGCAAGGCUCCUGAAGGCGUAUGGUGAACUUCCAGAGAAUACGCGUCUUAAUGAGGGCAUUGCUGGUGGUAUUGAUGUGGAGGAUGAAAAUGCCGGUGAUGACUACAUCGAGUUUGAGGAUGAAGAUAUUGAUAAGAUCUAGAGUAUGGUUUCUGUGGAAUUUGAUGGAAAACUCUGGUUGCUAAGAGUACUGAUGUUAUGAAAAGCCUGGAUUUUGGGUUGUACUGCUUAAAUUUGGAUUUUAAGAUGAUAAAUCUGUCAUAUUACGUGUAUUAGUUGUUCAUCUUUCUCAUGUUUGGUGCUCGUCUGGCUAUGAUGUCCAUGAUGUUGGAUAUAUAUAUAUAUAUAUGUUGGUUGAACUGGUUCUUUUUCUUAA